AUGAGAAAAUAAACAGAAUACAUACCAAACAGAGGACAUACCAAAUACUAAGAAACUCUGAAAUUCAUUUCUAUGGUUCUACUUCACUCAGGUUAUUGCUGAUAAUAUCAUUUGUAAAGAAAACAGAAGCAUUUUCACUAGUGGUCUCAGACUUUUACACCCCACUGUAUAACUUGGAACAAUAGUGGUAGAUAAUUAUAGGUUACUACAGGAGAGACUCUAAUAGACUGGUAUAUUUGUUUGUACAUCUUAUUUAAUCAGUUGUACGUUUUUAUUAUUAAAUGUGACUAGAAUAUUGGCAUUAGCAUUUGUGGUGACUUGCAUAGAAAUAGAAUUAUAGGACUAGUAAAAGGCUCUGUCAGAUGAGUGUUCUGUGUCCCUGAUAAUUCCUAGAGUUAAUGAGGUCAGUUAGCUGGAGGCCUAGUAGGAGGCAGAACUCAUGACCAUUAGAUCACAUUUUGUUUGUCAAGAAGACAUUUUCCACCAAAGGGAGUGGUUAAAAAGGACAACAGCAGUGUCAUAAAAGACCUUAUAAAUUUGGAGGACUUACUUAACAGUACUGGUACAGCUAAGUAUUUCGAUCAGAAGUGGUGAUGCUCUGUGAUAGAAUAGUAUAGUGCCAGUUGCUUUGCUUUUCUACACAAACAGUUACAGGUUCUGUUUGGAGCUGUGCUUCCACAUGAUACUCCACUGUUUAUUUAUUCCUAAUAUUUGUUGACCGGCAUCCUUUCUACUCUUACUGAGUCUUGACGAGUGUGUGUGUGUGGGUGUUGGCCGUGCAGCCAGCUUCAGGAGGACAUGAGUAAGUUUCGUGGUGAGCUGAGUGAGAAGGAGCGGGAGCUGCUGAAGAUCCGCAGGGCCAGUGGAGCCAAAGCGUCACAGCUGGCUCAGAUGGAGAAGAUGCUGCAGGAAACCAAAAGCAUGAUGGACAAGAAGAAUGAGAUGGGUACAGAAAAAAACAUUUGCGGGGACAACAUGGUGUCUGAGCUGGAGGAGAAGGUGCAGCGCAGUAAACGAGAGCGACGUAACUCUCUGCACCGCACACAGCUGCUGGAAAGUCAAAUGAAGACAGUGCGUGGUGAGCUGGUGGACACGCUGGACCACUUGCAGGCACUCAGAGACGUCCUGCGCCGCUCACAGCAGAAAGCAGAAGAGCGCCAAGCAGCCAUGGAGAAACUGAAUGCCGAAUGCCUGAGGCCCUGACCAGCAAACCUGACCUCCAUGUUGUACAUGAUGUACACUGACAUCCUAUUGAUCUGACUGUUCUAUCAUUUUAUAAGACAAUGAUGGUAUCUUACCUCCCAGUCUCCAAGAGCAUUUAUAUUUUGCUGGUUUAACACCCAUUUAGGACUUUAAAACAGCUUGGCAUGAAUGACUUUUGUAUGUUAAGACUUAUGUUCUGAAAUACUUUAUCCAUUGUGUGUGUUGAAAAGUAGAAUUGUGUUUAAACUGGAAAUGUUGGAUAUCAUUUGGCAACUGUGAUUUGGAAAAGCUCCUGUUUUUUUCGCCAAUAGACACUUGCUUAUGCUGUGAAGAGAGUAAGGGUUUUCUGCACGUAUUAGAUGAAAAUGUCAUUGGACCGUAUUGUUUAGAAAUGACAAGCUAUAUUGACACAAUAUAUUCACCAAUAGAACUGUGUUUCCUUUUGACAGUGUGGGAGAAGUAUAUGUGAUUUUUAAAAAUUGUUUGUAUUCUCAAUAACUUAUAUGAUAUUUAAGGACUAGCUGAUAUGAAAAAUAUCACCAAUGCAAUACCAAAUAUAUGCAGCUAUAAAUUAAUAUAACACCUGCUGAUAAUAUCAGAAAAUAUAAUUUUAUAGAGUCAAAAAUAAAGCAGCCUCCAAUAGUUUUAAUUAAACAGAGCUUUAUCUAAUAUUAUUGUCAAAUAACAACAUGUGCAACAAUGCAGUUGAACCAUACACUGAAAAUGACGCACUGACGCCUAACCCACAUAAUAGAUAUUGUUAGUACAAUAUAAAUGACCAUACUGUAAACAUCAUGAUGGGUGUGUGUAAAGAGUCUUCUUAGCUUGUUGCGGAGCUAUUUCCACUCUGUUGAUUCAAUGUUUUUAUGUCAAGUCUCUUAGAACUGUAAAAGGUCAAUAUGUGUCAAUAUAAAUAUUUAAUAUAACAACAAUUGUCUGACCUUUUUCUCAGAUUACAAUAUUUUUAAAAUAUUGUACUAGUGCAGAAGGUAGUGUUUCCACUUCACAGCUCCAGGGUCUCUUGGUUUGAUCCUGAGCUCAGAUGACUGUUUAUGCAGAAUUCUGCAUGUUCGUUUGUGCAUGUGUGAGUUUCCCCACAGUUCUGUGGUUUCCUCCCACCUCCCAAAAACAUCAGGAGGAGGUUUGGCUGCACUAAAUUGCUGCAGGUGUGAAUGAGUGUCAAUGUGUGUGUAUGGUGUCCUGUGAUGGACUGGGGUCCCAUCCAAGAUGUAGUCACGCAUGGUGUGCCAGGGAUCUGGAUCUGCCGCAAUCUGACCAGAGUAAAGCAGUUACUAAAGAUGAAUUAAUAAAUGUAUACAUUUUACUAUGGUUUAAAACAUGUAUUAAAAUCAAAGCACUUUUUUGGCUAAACAGAAUUAUGGAAUUGCCUUCUUCACGUGCAAUGCUGCUUUUUAAUUUGCCCAAAAUAUUGAUGCUUCUCCCAAAUGUAACAGAAAGCUAAUCAUGAUUAUUUGAAAUUUUCAUCAUAACAGUAUUAUUGGCUCAUUUCUAGCUACUCCAUAUAAGCUUAUUGUAUCACCACUGGUUCCUAAUCACUGAUCAUUUACAUUAUUUGGACUGGUUGUUUACUUUUUUUUUUUAUUUCACUGCAAUGUUUCUGAAGUACGGUGUUACAUGUGUUUAAAU